AUGGGCGUCUUCGCGAGCAAGGAGCCGCCCUGCGCGCACGUCGGCGGGUUCCACGACCUCAUGAGCGAGGACAUCGACGGCGCGGAGGUGCGCUUCUCGGCCUUCCGCGGCCAGGUCGUCUGCGUCACGAAUUUGGCGUCGAGAUGAGGCAAGACGAACAGCCACUACAAGGGCCUCGCGAAGCUCGGCGCGCAGUUCUCGGGCCGCGGCCUCGCGAUCGUCGGCUUCCCGUGCAACCAGUUCAUGGGCCAGGAGCCGGGCGCCGAAUCGGAGAUCAAGGCCUUUGCGCGGUCCAGGGGUUUCCUGGACCCGGCGCUCGGCGACGCGUCGGCCGUCGGCGCCUUCAAUCUCAUGCGUAAGUGCGACGUCUCCGGCGCGGCCGUCGACCCCGUCUUCUCGUACCUGAAGCGGGAGGCGCCGUGCAAGAUUUCGUGGAACUUCGGCGCCUACUUUUUGGUGUCGCGCGACGGCGCCGUCGAGGCGCACGAGAACGCGCACCCGCGGGACCUCGCGCCGCGCGUCGAGGCGCUCCUCGGCGCCGUCGACGCCGCGGACGUCGACGUCGCCGCGGAC